ACCUGAUACAGACAGCCGGGGACAGUUAAGGGCUGUGCUGUAGGUUUUUCAGACCAAAAUUACAGCACCGCUACAUUUCCGAUUCCAACCUCCGCCUCCGCCUCCUUCUUCUUCUCUCAAUCUAAAAUGUUCUGCUCUCAAUAAUCUGGCCCUGGGUAACCGAGAUUUGGUUCGUUCUCACCUCCUCGUCAAAUAUAAUGAUGUCUUGAUCUUACAAAUCAUUUCAGCCUUUUGCAUUUCUGAGAAAGAGUUCUAGAAAUGGAAAACAACAGUAAAGAGCAGGAGGAAAACGGCUGCAAAGCGCAGGAGGAAAACACCAACAAAGAGCAGGAAGUAGAGCCAUCAUCAUCAUCAACAGCAUCGGUUUAUGAAAUACCAGGGGAGCCGGCUGUUGUCAUUGAUGGAAUGCUUGUGGUUCCCCCAAGUAAUGGCUCUCUUGUACUCUCUGAUGCCGUGAAUGAUGCAGCUUCCCUUGGAAAUACAAGAUUUGGUGUAUGGUUGGUUGGAAGGGAAGUACGAAAGUUGUUCGGUGAGCAAUACUACUCCGGUACAGUGACUGAGUUUGAUGAAGAAUCAGGCUGGUGGAGGGUUGUGUAUGAAGAUGGUGACCUUGAAGAUCUUGAGUGGAAUGAGCUGGAAGAGGUGCUUCAGCCCUUGGAUAUCAUGGUACCACUGAAAUCGUUAGCCCUGAAGACUCUCAAGAAAACCAAGAAGCCUGUCCAGAAAUCCAAGAGUGCUACGGCUCAACCUCAAAAACAGAAAUCCAAACGCUCGGGAAGUUAUGCAAAGAAGGUCUCAGUGCCUGAAGAUGUUCCAAUGAUGACUCCCGAGGCAAAACAGUCCGGUAAAGAUGCGAAACAGUCUGCUAGAAAAGACAAAUAAUUUGAAAGUUGGUUGUGUACUAGAAAUUCGAAAAAGCAGUUCUUAUCCUCAAAAAGGUGCUGGAUUAAGGUGAAAUUUAGACUAAUUAAGGAUACUCUGAUAUCAGUCAUUGUAGUGUUGUAUUGGUUAGGUACAUUACAUAGAUGAGGUUAACAAGACUAGUAACAUUCUUGAUGGAUAUUGUACUGUUUGUAUCUGGCAAAUUUGAUGCAGAAAUUUCUCAUGAACUUGCUCUUGUAGAACUGUACUUGGAACGACGAGUUAAAGCUAUUGAAGCGGAAUUUGUUUA